UAAAGAUCAAAACAAAACAAAACAAAAAAGAUUGAAACUAUCUCGUUUAAUUUAUCAAAAAUGGACUCUUGUAUCCAAGAACUUAAGUUCUCUCAUCUCCAUAUCCCAGUCACCAUCAACAGCAAGUUUCUUGUACAUCCAUCAAGUCCAACACCUGCAGAUCAGUCUCCUCGCCAUAGUCUCUAUCUAUCAAACCUUGAUGAUACGGUCGGAGCGCGUGUCCUCACUCCCUCCGUUUAUUUCUACCGAUCUAGCAAUGACCAAACCAAAAACAGAGAAUCUUUGGUACUUAAACGGCUUCAAGAUGCUCUUGCUGAGGUUUUAGUUCUGUACUAUCCACUCUCCGGUAGGUUAAGAGAAGUUGAAAAUGGGAAGCUAGAAGUCUUCUUCGGCGCAGAGCAAGGUGCGUUGAUGGUGUCAGCGAGUUCUUCAAUGGGCUUAGAUUAUCUUGGAGAUCUCACAGUGCCAAAUCCAGCUUGGCUACCGUUAAUCUUUCAUUAUCCUAAAGAAGAAGCUUACAAAAUACUUGAGAUGCCGUUACUUAUAGUUCAAGUAACGUUCUUCACAUGUGGUGGGUUUAGCCUUGGGAUUAGACUCUGCCAUUGCAUUUGCGAUGGUUUUGGAGCUAUGCAGUUUCUUGCCUCGUGGGCUGCUACUGCUAAAAACGGGAGACUGAUUGCAGACCCUGAGCCGGUUUGGGAUAGAGAAGUCUUCAAACCAAGGAAUCCUCCAAUGGUGAAGUACACACAUGAUGAGUACCUUGCGGUUGAAGAAAGAUCAAAUCUGACGAACUCUCUGUGGGAAACGAAGCCGUUGCAGAAAUGUUACAGGAUAAACAAGGAGUUUCAGUGUCGGGUCAAAAGCAUUGCUCAAGGACAAGACUCAAGCUUAAUGUGCAGCUCAUUUGAUGCAAUGGCUGCACAUAUAUGGAAAUCAUGGGUCAAAGCACUUGAUGUGAAGCCAUUAGAAUACAAUCUCAGGCUCACGUUUUCGGUCAACGUAAGAACAAGACUCGAAGCUCUCAAACUGAGAGAAGGGUUCUACGGCAACGUGGUGUGUUUGGCUUGCGCUACGAGCAGUGUCAACAAUGUUAUGAACGAUACACUUUCCAAGACAACGAGGUUGGUUCAAGAGGCGAGGGUUAGGGUAACAGAGGAUUACUUGCGUUCUAUGGUGGACUACGUGGAGGUGAAACGGCCAAAGAGAUUAGAGUUCGGAGGGAAGCUAAUGAUAACGCAAUGGACACGGUUUGAGAUGUAUGAGACUGCAGAUUUUGGAUGGGGUAAACCGGUUUACGCAGGGCCGAUAGACUUGAGACCUACGCCACAGGUUUGUGUAUUGUUACCUCAAGGAGGAGUCGAGUCUGGUGGUGAUCAGAGCAUGGUGGUUUGCCUUUGUUUGCCUCCUUCUGCUGUUCAUAAGUUCACUCGGCUUCUAUCUUUAAAUGAUUGAUAAAGCCAAUGAUGCGAUAAUAAUAAAAAAAGGAAGCCAUAAUAAAACACCAUUCACAUAUAUUAUCACAUGAUUUCAGUAUUCAGUUCUUGCAGUAACAGCAGUUGAUUUUUAUUCCGACAACUGUAAAAUACUCGAGAAACAAGUCACAGAAGAAAUCACCAUGAGAAACGAAACCCACACACAAAUAAAAGGACGACUGGUGAAGUUCAAGGCCAAGGUGUUUGAUGAUCUUUACCUGGAUCCAACUGUACAAAAAUUAGUUCAAGGCCAGUGAUGAUGAUCUUUACACGUUUACAAACUUCAGAACGCCUUCGGGACUUUUGACAGCUAUUUGC